AUGGGAACAGAGGAAUCAGAAAUGGCGGAGAGGACAGUGAUGUGUCUGUUAACUGACGCAGAAGGAACUCCUUUAGGGUCUGCUAUGUAUAUCCCUCACAAUGCAGGGCCUUCGCAGCUUACCCACUUCGUCAAUACGCUUCUCAACAAUGAGGAGAAGUUACCGUACAGUUUCUAUGUAUCAGAGGAAGAGCUUCUUGUCUCUGUCGGAACUUACAUGGAGAGAAAUACAGUGUCCGUGGAAGAGGUUUUGAAGAUAGUUUAUCGUCAACAAGCUGUUUUCCGAAUCCGCCCGGUUAACCGUUGCUCACAAACAAUUGCUGGUCAUGCGGAUGCUGUUCUUUGUGUUUCUUUUAGUCCUGACGGUAAGCAGUUAGCAAGUGGUUCAGGUGAUACAACUGUAAGGCUUUGGGAUCUGAACACUGAAACUCCAAUGUUUACAUGCAGAGGGCACAGGAAUCAUGUUCUCUCAAUUGCAUGGUCACCGGAUGCUAAGUGUCUUGUGAGUGGUGAUGUAGAUGGUAAAGGACAUAAGCAGUGGAUUACUAGUAUAGCGUGGGAACCAGUUCAUCUUAGCUCUCCAAGCCGGAGAUUUGUGACUAGUAGCAAAGAUGGGGAUGCAAGGAUUUGGGACUUUAAACUGAGGAGAUCUCUAAUUUGUCUCAGUGGACACACACUUUGUGUGACUUGUGUCAAAUGGGGUGGAGAUGGAACUAUCUACACAGGCUCCCAAGAUGGUACUAUAAGGAUGUGGGAGACAACUCAAGGGAAGCUUAAACAUAUAUUGAGGGGGCAUGGACAUUGGGUGAAUUCUCUUGCAUUGAGUACAGACUAUGUUCUUCGGACAGGAGCUUUUGAUCACACUAGACAAGAAAUAUCUUCAGAUGAAGAAAUGAAAAAGAUUGCUCUGGAAAGAUACAACAAAGCAAAAGGGAGUCAAGAUUCUCCUGAAAGAUUAGUGUCUGGUUCUGAUGAUUUUACAAUAAUCCUUUGGGAACCAUCUGUUAGCUUAGAACCUAAAAAAAGGUUAGCUACUGUGCGCAUGACGGGUCAUCAACAGGUUAGCUACUUGAAAUUUGAAAACUCUUUUCUGUUUCUGUUUUUCGAAUUCUUAGCUAACGCCAACAGUCAACAGCCUGUAAACCAUGUGUAUUUCUCACCAAAUGGGCAAUGGAUUGCAAGUGCAUCGUUCGAUAAAUCAGUGAAGCUAUGGAAUGGUGUCACAGGGGAUUUUAUUACAGCGUUCCGAGGCCAUGUUGGACCUGUCUAUCAGAUCAGUUGGUCCGCCGACAGUAGGAUGCUUUUGAGCUGCAGUAAAGAUUCUACUCUCAAGGUAUGGGAAAUCAGAACGAAGAGUUUAAAACAUGAUCUUCCUGGUCACGUGGAUGAGGUUUAUGCUGUGGAUUGGAGUCCAGAUGGUGAGAAAGUAGCCUCUGGUGGUAAAGAAAAAGUUCUCAAGCUUUGGAAAGGUUAA